AAUUUUUAUCAUAAGAAGCAAGUCACCUCCAUUUUCCUGUCUCAGAAAAUAGGAAUGGAUUGCUCAGAAGAAUACAUUAGAAUGGAGAUGGAAUGUGAACCAAAGAAAUCAUUUUGGAGAGAUCGUCCCUGUAGCAGACAAACUGGCAUUCUUGUGCUUCUAGGAACAGUCUGCAUGGUUAUUUUCAUGGUUAUGACUUUUGUCAUCUUUUCACAUCAAGAAGAAAAGUUCUCAAUGCUGGAGAGCUGGAUGAAAAGCCAAUCUUCUGACUUAACCUCAGUCGCAUUCAAACAAGAAGAAAACCUACAAAAGCUGGAGCACCAGCAAAAUGUGUCACACACUGAAGUGAAGAGUUUGAUGGACAGUUUGAGUUCUGCAGUAUCAGACCUUAGAAACAACCUGACAGUGCAUAGUUCAAGGUCUUUUCAACACACACAACAAAUUUUAAUGGACAUUUCAAGAUCACUGAUUAACCUAUUGCAUUACGUGGGGGAAACAGGAUCAUCUAUUCAAUUGCUUUCUUAUAAACUAUCAUUUACCAACUUACUCACAACAGGCUGUACUGACCCUGAUUGGAUCCCGUUCAGUAACAGCUGUUACCUGUUCUCGCGUAAUAUACUGAACUGGACCGAAGCAAAAGAUUACUGUGCAAAGCAGGGUGCGUUACUCUUAAAAAUAGAAGAUGCCUCUGAGAAGGAGUGGAAAUUUGUUACCAAUAUGGCUAGACCACAACAAUACUGGAUUGGUCUAACGGACCAGAACACAGGGCAGUGGAGAUGGGCAGAUGACACUCCUUACACCAUGAAUAAAGUACAAUGGGUUCCUGGGCAGCCAGACAACUGGACCGGACAUGGCCUGGGAGAGGAAGGAGAGGACUGUGGGCACCUUACAGUAUAUGGGCUGCUAAAUGACGCCCACUGCUCUUACAAAAUAAAGUAUAUAUGUAAAAUGAAAAAAUAGGACUAAAAAUAUGUGGCAUCAAAUGUGGUCAAAACUGAAUGAAUGAAAUUCUAAAAGCACCGUCCACGGAAUAGCCUAGAUAGGUUUCGUUUUGAGGUUUGGGUAUGGGUAUGGAAAAUUACAAUGUUUUGGUGUAGUUAUGACUAAUACAGGGUUUUUGCAGAGCAUUUAAAACCAAAUGGAAGACUUUUUAAGACCUGCCCAAAUAAACUAAUAAACUAAUACUAGAUACUGCUACAAAACAAACCCAUAAAAUCUCAAACAGGGUUUGUACAGAUAGUGUAAAAUGAAAUUCCAGGAUUUCCAAGGACUUUUCAAGCACUACUUUUUUAAUUUUCAAGGACUUCAUUCAGAGAUCUCACUUAUCAAACAAUGUCUUGUCUUUCAAAUUAAAACCACGAUUCAUUUUUUUUGUAUUAAUCUUUGUAUUAAUAAUUUCUGUAAACUUUCUUUUUCUUUUUUCUUUGUUUUGUUUUUAUAACUGUACUGCCUUAAUGGUUUGAUGUUUUCUACUGUUUAAUAACAAAAAAAAUCUGAAACUGAAUUAAAUGGUUCGCGAUCCACGCUCCGAAGUAAAGUAAAGUAUUCCCGGUCUAAAUCAAAUGAUUUGUGAUGUGUGAUCUGAAGUCCCAUUUUGAAUCAAAUGACUUGCAAUACGUGAUCCAAUUGGAACGCUUCGAAACAUUGAAUCAAACAGUGAAUCAUUUUGCGACACAGUGGUUUAACUGAUUCAGAGUAGAGCUGUAAUCGGGCCUUAAAAGUCUUCAGCCAUGUUUACACAACAUUGUCAUGCUACUACUGGCUUAGCUCACAAGUUUUGUUUUAUAAGUUAGUUUUUUUUUUAUUAUUAA